CCGAGCGGCGCGUAACAGUUGACGGGCAGCCGGCGGCGGAUCGCGAACGCGCUGAGAACGAACACACCGCUAUGCUGCAGGUCGGAGACGGACUGGCGGGCUUCUCUGCCUUCUUCGUGCUGGUGCUGCUGGGGACUCGUAGCGCGCUGUGCUCCACGGCGCUCACCGCCUCGCUCUACGUCUUCCUGCUCAUGUUCCGCUACCCGCAGGUUCCGCAGAGCAGGGCCAGGCACGUACUGCGGCCUCGCGGCGCCGCGUCCGUGGUGGCUCACCGGGGAGGGGGGCACGACGCUCCCGAGAACACGCUGGCGGCCAUCCGGGAGGCCAGUCGGAACGGCGCCGCCGGCGUGGAGUUGGACCUGGAGUUCACGGCCGACGGCAUCCCGGUCCUCAUGCACGACGAGACCGUGGACCGGACCACCAACGGGUCGGGACGGCUCGGCAACAUGCGCUUCUCGGACCUCCGCCGGCUGGACGCCUCGGCUAAACACAGGCUCAAGGAGAGGUUCCGUGGAGAGAGGGUCCCGACCCUGCAGGAGGCUGUCGAGGAAUGCGUCAGACACCAGCUCGCUAUCUACUUCGAUGUGAAAGGUCACCCUGACGAGGCAGCCGCCGCGCUCAAGGAGCUGUACAGAAACCACCCGGUCCUCUACAACACUAGCAUCGUCUGCUCGUUCGAACCCAAGGUCAUCUACAAGAUGCGGCAGGCUGACCCCGAGGUGGCGACGGCGCUCACCCACCGGCCCUGGAGCCUGAGCCGCUUCGGCGACGGCACGCCGCGCUUCCGGUCGCCGUGGAAACACCGCUGGAUGCAGCUCCUGGACGUACUGCUCGACUGGGCGCACCACCACCUGCUGUGGAACCUGUGCGGCGUGUCGGCCUUCUUGGUGCAGAAGAGCUUCAUCUCCCCGGACUACGUGCAAUACUGGGCAGAGCGGGGUGUCGAGGUGGUGGGCUGGACCGUCAACACUGCUGUGGAGAAGCAGUACUACCAGGAGCUGCUGAAGAUCACCUACCUCACAGACAGUCUCAAAGAGGACUGCGAGCCUCACUACUGAGGACAGCGGCGCGGCGACACGCGGGGCGGCCUGAAACAUCCGCAACGACAAACGCGCGCUCCCGUACGGGCCGCCGAUACGCGAUCUGAGGAGGAACGCAAGCAUACGCGGCCGUACGUGCCGUCGGAGGACUUGCGGUACUCUAAGACGGGUGCGCGCACUCUGGGAAAGCGACAGGCAGGUACCGUAACGCACGCGACUCCGGGAACGCUCUCCGUCCGCCCGCAGCUACAUCCCGGCUCUCGCGCCCAUCGAGGAUCGCCGUCGCGAACCGCAAAGACCUCCGAACAACCUCGCCUCGCCUCGCCCGCGCGGAGCCGUACCCCGCGUCCUCCAGGCAUCGCAUCUCCUCUGCCGUCAAAACCACGAUGGUCCCAUUUCGGCUCAUCGCAGCUCCGAUGGACCACCGGGUACGCGUUGCGUAAUGGGCUAAGGACGCCGGAUACGUGCCCUUCCCUCCUUCGGGGAACCGAAACCUCAAAAGUGGGUUUUUUUUUUCCAGUAAGGUUUCUCUUCCCAUUAAAAACGAACCUAUAAUAAGCAGGAGCUAUGAUGAUACGAUCAUCGGGUGUACAACUCUUGGGUGCUCCCGUUCGGCAAAAGCCGCGGCAAUAAACGAACAGCGCUACGAAGAACGCUUCCGUGAGGAUCCCUACUAUUCGUACGUGGCAUUACUUGGUCUUGGCGACGAAUUUUUCUCAUUUCUUUUAACGUGCCCCCCCCCCCCGUUUUCAAAAUCUUUGAAAUAUUAGGUAGUUGCAGGACACUAUGUGUUUGGAACUUGUAUGCUUAAAAAUAACUUCAAAGAGGAAUGUGAUUAAGUGAAACGGUAUGUUUUUGUUAAUGUGACUGUAAAAGAUGUGAUUUUUACAUCGUAUUUGCAAACAUAUGGAGCUCUGCUAAGAAAAGGAAGAUUCAUUUCAGCACGCGAUCCUGAAGCAUGAAGCCUAAGUCCAUGUAGAUAAUGGUUAUUUGAAAA